CACAGUGCGGAAGUGCGGCUGAUAAACGCCGCGGAAGGUCCGAAAACGCUGGGGGGGGGAAAGGGAGGCGGUCGGGGGCUUCUGCACUCACAUAUGACUUUUAAUGCCGUCCCUGCAAGUGAAGUUAACUUAAGCAGCAAGCGAAAGUAAGAAAACGCGCAGUCAGUUGGCAGACAGCAUUUUAAUAAGGUGCGUGCGUGUUUUUUUUUCUUUCAUUUUUAAUGGCCCAGCACUGACCGUAUUGAAAUUUAUUAAAGAAGAAUUACAGUAAAAUGAGCUGUGGAGCCACAAACGCGUCCCAGGAGCGGCUCAGCCUGAAGGAGGAUCUCACAUGUGCCAUCUGCUGUGACCUCUUCGUCGAUCCUGUCAUGUUGGCCUGCAUGCACCACUUCUGCAAGGCUUGCAUCUCCACUUACUGGAGGAGCCUCAGGGAUCCUGUAACCUGUCCCCAGUGCCGGCAGGAGUUCCCCACAAAGCAGUUCCAGACCAAUUACUUGGUGGCGGCCAUGGUGGAGAAGGUGCGGGCGAGAUCAGCAGACCACCAGCACCUGCAGAAACGGCUGAAAGAUUGUCUAGCCUCUCACCGCUUGACGAAGGAGCGCUACAUGGGCAUGAUCCACAAAAACGAACAGAAAGUACUCAAAAUAAAAAGAACAGGUGCGGAGCUCCAGGGACAGAUACGGAGUGACUUCCAAGCCUUGCACUGCCUCCUGCAGGAAGAGGAGGCUUCCACGUCGGAGCAUCUGAGGAGGGAACAGGAGGAGAUUCUGGGGGAGCUGGGCCGACACCUGGCGACGCUGCAGGGGGGGCUCGUGGAGGUAGAGGAGAAGAUGCACAUUCUGCAGCAGACCAUGGAUGCAAUGGAGCAGAGGUACCUUCUAGAGACUCCUGAGGUGAAUUUCAGACUGUCUGUUGAGGUGGACCAAGGACCCGGCAUAGACAUAAGCAGUUUUGGUGCAAAGUAUAAAGGUCCGCUACAGUAUAUCGUCUGGAGGAAGAUGUUCAAGCUUUUGAAUCCAGGCCCUGCUCCACUAACUUUCGAUGAGGAAACAGCCCAUCCGAGUCUCUGCCUUUGCCGGGAAAAGACCUCUGUGGUAGAAUGUGACAAGAUGGUCGCCCACAAGCCCAGUCGUAAGAGGUUUGUCCAGUGCAUCAACAUCCUGGGGAGCCAGGGCUUCCAGUCAGGCCGCCACUACUGGGAGGUGGGAGUGGGGAACAAGACAAAGUGGGAUGUGGGCGUGGCCCUGGAGACCGUGGACCGUGGGGUCCGGGUCAAGCUAUGCCCAGAAAAUGGCUACUGGACCCUCCGGCUGCGGAACAAGACCCAGUACUCAGCAGGAACUCAGCCCUGGACCCGUCUGAGCCUGACGUCCGCCCCUCGCAUCAUCGGCGUCUUCUUAGACUUCAAGGACCGGAGGGUCUCCUUCUACAACGCAGAUACGAUGCUGAUGCUCUGCUCAUUUAACAAUGGGCCGAAUCAGAAAGCUUUUCCCUUCUUCAGCACCUGCCUCAGUGACCAGGGGCGGAAACCCCAGCCGAUUCGACUCGUCCACUUCCCUCUGGAACCGCUGUAAACCCUGAGCUUAUAAAUAAAGGGUGAUGUGUACAGAAUAUGAAGCAUGUGCGAUAGACGACACAUCUAUAUUGUAUCUGUCUAUGCAAGCCCUGUGUUGUACAUAAAUUUAUGAUUUCCAAACUAGACCUGCAUACAUGUAUGUAAGAUGUGGAGGCAAGUGUUGCGGUUCAACAGCAGUUCAUUUAAAAAAAAAAAAAAUUUUUAAUUGAAAGAUAUAGGUCUUAAAGGUUGACUUUGACAUUUUCGCUGUAGGUAUUGAUGCCUGCUUAUUAAUGAAGGAGUUCAGACUCUUCUGCAGCCGUAUUCUGCCAAGCAGUCGUUUGCUAAUGUGUGACGUAGUUGCGCAAUCAUUAAACCAAUAUUAUUGAAAAACUUCUGAAUAAACACAAGCCAGAAAUGCACUGUUGUUCCGUUUUUACAGCUCUAUCUUGUCUAUGAAGUAUGUAAUAUAGUAAAGUUAAUCUGUUUCUUUUUUUAUCCUUGGAUGGAUUCAUUUUUAUGUUUAGUUUUUUUUUUUUUUGUCCAGUGAGAGAUCUUGUUUGUUUUGUCAAUCAUUAUUAAAUCUUUACAUUUGAUAUUUUUUGUGCUGGGAAAAUAUGCAAAUCAUAAAGUUCCAUUUAUGCAUAUUUUUUUCCAUGACAAAUAGCAUUUAUGAUAAUUUCUUGCAGACUCGAUUUGCUUAAUUUGUCACUUUCAAUUUGUUAGCAUUUAUAAAAAGGCAAAGCUUUAGGAAAUUGUCACAGCACUGUAUUUUGAUGUCACUUGAUUAGAAUAUUGUAAUGCCGUCGUUUGCAAACACACUCACCAUGUGUGAUGAAGGAGGCUUGUAUUAUGCUGUUCCUGUCACACUGACCUCCUUUUUCUUUGGAAUGUUGCUGUGCAGUCUGGUUACCAGUAUCUGCCUAUUGGAAGGUAAUGGCAGCGUAUUCGUGUCAGACGUAUGAGUUUCCGGUGAUAAUGGGGAGACGUUCAACCUCGUCAUUCCAUCUCUGAUACUGAUUGUAGUUGCAUCCUGUGCCCAUUCAGUGGAAAAGCUCAUUAAUGAAACUAGUCCUGAGGUCACUUAAAGUGCUCCUGUCUCCCUGAAGCAAAACCUGAAAUGAGUUUCUCCUUGUCUUCUGGAAGAAUUGCUUGCAUUCAGUGUUUAGGUAAUAAUAAUUAGUUUGAAAGGGUGACAAAAGUUAGUUAUAUAAUACUCUUAGGCCUAUGUUGUUCUCAGUGCAAAAGAUUUUCCUAAAAAAAACUGCAAUAUGAGAAAAGACCUCGUAUUUGCUCUUCUUGAGGACAAUGUCUUUUUCAUUUCCUCGCAGGUUGAUUUAAAAUACAUUUCCUCAGGGAGAAGUGCAUGACUCGAACCCAAUUAGCACUGCUGGUGCUUUUGGUGUCUGUGUCGAGGCCCCAUUGUGAUCCUCCUGACGGUGUAAUCGCGUAAUGAGGUGAACCUCCGAUCAGCUCGUUUCAGCUGCUUUGGCUUCUCCUGCCAGGUGAAAGAUCCAUCCUGCUGGGAACGAUAUGUCAAAUAUCAGAGGGAUAAUAAGUAACCCCCCCCCCCCCCCCUCGGGUUUCUACAGAUUUCUACCGAAGGUUCUCAAGAUGAAAUCCAGAUUUUUUUUCCUCCUUUCAGUGAGUAUGUGUUAGAUGAUAUGGCAUUGAUGUGAACUGAAUAAAUGCAUUGUGUUUAA